AUGCUAUCACAUGUAUCAGCAGAAGAAAGCAACAAAGAGGACUUUGUAAGCGAAAAAAAAAAAAAGAAAAAGAAAAAAAAAAAAAAUGCAUAUUCUCCUAUAUUCCAAGUAAACUAUCUGCAAGAGGAGGAGGACUUGAUCCACACGCAAAACGUUAACAUAAACAGUAAAAGCAAAAAAAAAAUGUUCACUGAUGGUAAAAAUUUAAUUAAUUUUAAAAAAAAGCAUUCGAGUGGAGAAAAAGGGAGCGAACAUUAUAAAGAACGAAAGGUGCAAGUAGGUGCAGAAGUAGGUGCAGAAGUAGGUGCAGAAGUAGGUGCAGAAGUAAGUGCAGAAGUAGAAGGGAAAUGCGCAGUUGAGACUGUCGACCUAUGCAACUAUUUGGAUUCUUUAAACGAUAAAAUAAAGGUGAGGAAGAAGGACAAGAAGAAGAACCAGCAAAAGGAGGGAAGCAAGCAUGGCCAUAAUACUAAUAGCAAUUAUGAUUGUUAUAAUAAUGAUAGCAAUUAUGGAGGUUAUAAUGGUGGUAGCCCUAAAAGAGUGGAAUUUUGCAACGAACGUAAAGACUCAAUCGAAAUAGUAUAUUUUGAUGGAGUGGCUGUUCAUAAAAAGGUACAAGGGGUAGAAGCACGUUACGAUGAUGUGCAUUAUAAGAAAACAGAUAAAAAUAAUUUCAUUAAUGACAAUAGCAGUAGUAGUAGUAGUAGUAGUAGAAGUAGUAGUAGUAGUAGAAGUAGUAGUAGUAGUAGUAGUAGUAGUAGCAGUAGUAGUAGAAGUCCUGGCCUACCAAAUGAUUCUGACUUACUAAGUGAUAACAUUCGUACUACAUGCGCUAAUAGAAAUGCACAACUGCUUGAGCUCGACCCUCAACAGUUGGUUGGACAGGAGGAACACCUACACAGUGAUGUGCACAUUGAUACGAACCGCCAUAGUGACAAUGAUGCUUACCCAGGUAAUACUAAUAUCAAUGGUAGCCACAUACGCAGUGAUGAGAACAACAACGAAUGUAAUAUUUUUUCCAGAAUUUUCAAUAGAGUAAAAAAAAUUAUUACAGAUCGAAAAGGAAAUCCAAUAACAGAUGCAAAUGCAUUAGACAAUGAUAUGUGUGAAUUAGAAAUUAUGGAAACUAAUAAUUUAAAUGAGCAUAGCGAUGAAAACUGCGGUUCAGUUACCACCAGUUGUGUACAUGAUGAAGUUUAUGUAAUACAUAGACAGGGAAUUAAUGCAGAUGGAAAUGUGAAUGACAAUACGAAUGCUCUAAUAACUAAUGGACCAAACGACUUCGUAUAUGUAAAUGGUCUUAAUCCUAAUGAUCUUAUGGACAACUCUAUAUUAGUAAAUAAUGAACAUGCCGGCAGGGGAACCGUUUUAGACAGCCAUCACCCGAGUGGUAGUUAUUUUUGUAGAGGCCCUUCAAAUAAUCGAAAUGAAGGAGCGGUAGAGGUGGAGGCUGCGAUAGAGGUAGGGGCUGCAAUAGAGAUGGAAGACGUAGUACAUGUGGCAAAUAUGGCAGAUGAUGAAGACGCAGAGGGGGAAGCUGCAAAUACUAAUUGGCGUGCUUACCACUUCCGCUACAGAGCCCUAUCGCAUAAUGUAUUUUCGUACUGCAAGGAUUAUGUUACUUAUGUUAAGGAGAAAAUAAAAAAAUACUGGCAAGAACGGGUACAAGAAGCAAAUAUACAAUUGACAACUCCACAUCAAACAUCAAGUCGAAGAGAAAAUACAAACAUACAUGAAGAUGAAAAUGAUGAUCCUAGUUGCUUGCAGAUACUUUUCUUUCUAGGUUUAGUUUGUAAAUUUCCUAUACUGUGGAUUGUUGGUUCAAUCAUAUUUUGUAUUACUCCAAAUGAACAUAAAAGAACAAAAGCAUGGUGUUUAAUAAAUACAGUUUUUGCUUUUAUUAGUAUUAUUUAUUUUAUUAGUACGUCUAAUUUUAAAAUUUCCAAACCUAUUUUUUUUGUUUUAAUGGAAUCUAAUACAGAAUCAAUAAAACUUUUUCACAAAGGAGUUGUAAGAAAUAAUAGUAAUAAUCAUAUUAUUCAAAAUGUUAUAGUGUUUGAUCAAUUUACUGUUUCUUACUGGAUGCCUUUAAAAACAUACAAUGUUUUUAAGACUGAACCGGGUCAUUUUCUCAAUUGGCAUUUUGUCUCUACUCAGAAACCCAACUCGAGCAUACUCCUAAGCAGAAACACAUACGCGCUUCUAAACAGAAUACAAGUAACAAUCCUUUUUGGAAAAGGCAAAGCGUACCCGACUGAAAGUGUAGAACAAAUAAAGCCAUUUUUUCAAAAUUUAAAAGAACACAAUAUGGACCCAGUGCCCUUUGAAAAGCUCACGAUGACUGAUAAUGAUAUCCCGGAGAACUUUUUCGGAGCGGGGAUAAGAUGCCAAAGCAUCCAAAAAAAUGGAAACAGAUUAAAUGAAAAAGAAAAAUGGUAUUUAUUUUGGAAAGAAUAUGAUAACACAGAUAGUAAUCCCGAUCAUUCUAUAUACAAUUCACUAGUUCCUGUUGGAGAAAUUUUUUUUUUUAAACAUGAACACAAUUGUAGAAUAGCUUUUCUCAUUCCUAAAAAUACAAAUAUGUAUCAGACAGACGUACCUCAAGAUUUUGUUGAAAUCAGAAAAAUUAUAAUAAAAGCUUUUUAA